CGUUCCUCUGCUAGAAUCUGGACUGCAAUGUCGUCACACUAGCUCGCAUUUUCCAGUUUCCAUUUCAUCUUUUUUUUUCCACAGAGAACAAAAAGACUAUUCCCGGAUCCGUCACCUGUGCAUUUUGUUGCCGUAUCAGCUUUUCUGGAUUUCGGACCAUUCCUAUCGCAUCAGGGUAAUUUUUUUUAAAAUAGAACUUGUGAAGUUCUGAUUCUGACCUCCAAGAAUGGAAGAAGAGAAGAAGAAGAAGAAGAACAAGAACAAGAAAAAGAAGAAUAAGCAGAACAAAAUCACGGAUAAUGUGCCGAGUGGUGCUAGAGAGCCAGAUCAGAACCAUGUAUGUGAAUCACGUGAGGAUACUACAGAAACUGCAGAGUUGCAGGAUAAUGAUGCAGCAAAAAUCGAUAUGGAUUUAAAUCGAGAUCUUUCUGCUAAACCUUUAAGUCCAACUGAGCCAACUUUACUUGAAGGUGAUAAACAGUACUGGAUGGACAGAGAGGCUAUAUUUGAAGAGAAAAUCAAACAACUGGAGAAAGAGAAGGAAAUGCACACAGUGAAAGCGGCUAGUUUUGAAGAGAAAAUUAAACAACUGGAGAAAGAGAAGGAAGUAUAUGCAGAGAGUGAGUGUAAAGUUGAAGAAAGAAUUACACAACUAGAAAGUGAAAAUAUCAUUCACAUCCGCGAAGUGGCUAGUCUGGAGGAAAAAAUAUUGUUAUUACAGAAGGAAAAGGAUGUUCUGUUGCAUCGAGUGACUGUUCUUGAGGCUCAAAUUUCACAAUUAUGGAAUGAAAAGGAGUCCUGGCUCCAAAAGGAGGUGAGAUUGGAGGAAACAAUAAAACAUAUAGAGGAGGAAAGAGAUAUGCUGAUAGGAAAGGAGAACUUGAUGGAAGAAAUAGUUUCAAAGCUGAAUGCUGAUAAUGCAUUUUUACAAACACAGGUGAAGGAACUUGAAGAGUUGCAGAGAAGUUGUGUACUCGAAAAUCAGCUGCUGAAAGAAACUGUAACUACUCUGCAGUCACAAAUACAUGUCCACGCAAAGAGCGCUAAUAUUCCUUAUUCAUCAUCUGGGAGGAAUCUGGUAAACGAAUCGUGUAUCGAUGAACUUCAUCAGCAGGGAGGUCCAGUGAAACAAGACUCUCUAUCUUCUAAUUCCGGUCCAGUAGCCCUAAACGUUGAAUCUUCUUAUUAUAGCAAUAAUAAUACCGAUAGUUCAACUAUUGACCGUGAAAUCACAUGUGCCGAAGAUUCACUGGUUGAACCCACUCAGAUACUUCCCGAAUCUGAGGACACGACUCAGUCCAAAGAUGGCAGUAAUGACGGUACAAACAUCAAUCUAUCUGAUGAGAUCGAGACAAGUGAAAUAGUGCAAAUUCCUUUAGAGGAUGAUGAUGUUGUUGCUGCAACAACAGAAUCAGGAAGCAUUUCUGCCGAUGAGAACGCAGGGGUUCCUCUCUCUGAUGCGCCUCUGAUUGGGGCUCCAUUUCGCCUAUUCUCGUUUCUGGCCAGGUACGUUAGCGGGGCAGAUUUGGUUGAUAAAAGCUCAGGUUAGGUAUAGUAAUAAUAACUCUAUACAAAAAAAAAAGUACCCAUUCAUGCUUGUAAGAGUAGUGAUUUAGUUGCCAACACUUGUAGGAGAAAAGCCAAAAGCAUAUGGACCAUACAUGAUACAAACUAGUGAAUUUCUGUGUCAUUUUUUUUUUACUUUGUUUCUUUUUUACUCUUUUGUUGAAUGAAAAAGAGCCACUUUC